AUGGGAACAUAUCAUGAAUCCAUAAUCGUCAAAGACUUUGUGAACUGUGUAAACGAUAUAAUUAAAAAAAGUUUUCUUGAAUCUGGAUAUUUAAUAUUUGCUAACAUAAACACAAAUAAUUCCAUAGUCGAAAGAAUAAGAAGUGACGUUUUGAAAACAAUUCAUGAAAGUAAUAAAUACAUCGUUCAGGUAGCUUAUCCAGAUAAAAAAUCAAUAUUUACGGAAGGAAAAAGCUUCAAUUAUAACUAUGUACGUAAGGAUCAAUACAAUGGAAUGCCAGUCGCUGAUUAUUUUGUAAUGAUUGUGGAAGAUUACAACGAUUUCAGUUAUUUAGCAAGAAAAAUAGUACGAUCACGAUUCUGGAAUCCAUAUGCUAAAUUCGUAAUAAUGCUUAUACGAUUUACGAAAAGCGAUGUUGAAAAUCACAAACAAAUAGAAAAUAUUUUAAGCUGUCUGUUUUACUACAAUGCAAUAAACGUAAUCAUCGGUGUUCCUAAAGCAGUAAAUAUACGAAAUGCAAUAAUUUAUAAUUGGAGACCGUAUGAUCCGCCAACAUUUUGUGGAAAUUUGAAUGACACCGCUGAAAACAGACUCGUUGUUGAAAAUGUAUGUGAAAAGGGAACUAUUAAGUAUGAUAGAGAUCUAUUUGAAAAUAAGCUGCCUAAUGACAUGAAAGGCUGCGUUUUACAAAUAAUAGCUCUCGAAAGACAACCAUUUAUUAGCAUAAAUGAGUCUGAUGUUAAUAUAGAAAAAAUACUUGUUAAUGCAAUGUUUAAGAAAUUUAACUUUUCUUUAAAAUAUAAAACCAUCAGCGGGUUUAGAGGAGAGAGAAACCAACAAGGUGAAUGGAAUGGCGCUCUUGAGGAUUUGGUUUCGAGAAAAGGGCAUAUACUUUUGGGUGGUAUAUUUCCUGACUUUGAUGUUCAGGAAGAUUUCGAAUGCAGUUCUACAUAUUUAACCGACUCAUAUAUCUGGGUUGUACCUCGAGCCUACCCUUCACCACCAUGGGUAUCACUUACGAUAACAUUUCAAAACUCUGUAUGGUAUUCUGCCAUUGGUGGGUUUAUUUUAUGUGUCUUAGCUUGGAAAUUCUUAGGACAACUUAGUGGGGACUCUCAUUAUAACAAAAGUUUCGGUCAUUGCUUAUUUAAUACAUGGGUAUGUUUGUUAGGUUUUUCCGCGAACACUCGUCCCAAGAAACACAGCUUACGUAUAUUUUUCAUAUUCUUAAAUUUAUAUGGCAUUAUAUUUUUGACAGCGUAUCAAACAAAACUGAUUGAUGUUCUUCAAAAUCCUACUUAUGAAAGUCAAAUUGAUAACGUGGAAGAAUUGGUGCAGAGCAAAUUGAAAUUCGGCGGUAUUCAGGAAUUAAAUGGUUUAUUUUUCAAUUCUAGUGACCCCUUCGACAAUUUAGUGGGAGAAAAAUGGACCGACGUAUCCAAUCUAUCCCAAGCAUUAAGAUAUGUAAUUUUACAUCGAAACUUUUCAGUGCUUUGUAGCAAAUUUGAACUCGAACAUCUAUCGGCUGCUACACCUGAACUGAACGAUGCUGCUGGUGCUGAUAAUUAUUACAGCUUUGAAACAAUUACGUUUUCUGUACCACUAGAAAUGAUUGCUUUAAGAGGAUUUCCUUUCAUGAAGAAGAUCUCACGUUCUCUAAAUUUAUAUAAACAAUUAGGGAUGGAUGCGAAGGUGAGGAGUUAUUUCGCUGAGACAAACAAGAGAAAACGGAUGAAACUACUACAAUCACUACAAAGUACAAAAGAAGAUUUUAAUGCUUUAUCUAUUCAACAUUUACAAGGAGGGUUCUUUGCAUUAGCUGUAGGGGUAUCAGGUGGAUUAUUUAUUUUAUUGUUAGAACUAAGUUCGACUAAUAAGUUUAUUCGACGCAAAUUAUUAAGAUAG